AUAUCUCACAUUCACAUUCAUACGUUCGGUUGCUCCAAAGCGCAAGCUCUUCAUUUCUUCUCUUCUUCUUCUUCGCUCGUCACGUGCCUUGCUGGGAUUCGAGCGAGGAACCUCUUCUUGCACAAAAACACUGUUCAAUCAUCCUAAUCAAAAGCAGCAACUGUUAACACCCAGCAACAAUCUAAUGGUAUACCCUCUAAUCUUAUAACCAUCUUGAAUGUUAAUGGCCUUUUUGGGUUCAGAGGUCACUUUCAAGGACAGGUUUCGACGUAAAGAGAGCUCAUUCACGUCUUGCAACAGCUGAUUACAAACUUUAGUAUUUUAAUUUAAAAUUAUGGACAAUCGAGGAAGAUUUAUAUUUGACCUUAAUGAACCUCCAAAUGAAGAAGAUGAAAGUGAUGUUCCACAUGACUUUCAUACACCUGCUCAGCUUCAGCCAUCAGCUCAGGUGAAUCUCUCAGAGGGACUUUUGCAGAUUUCAAAUGAAUGUUCGUUUACCCAUGCAUCAUUUGCUUCUGGAUUCCAGCCUUUUGUAAGAGUUAAGGAAGAAAGAAAUGUUCAAGAGUCCAUGGGGUCAAAUUCGAUUAUUGAUUUAAAUGAUCAAUUAAAAGAAGAGGGUACUCAAGACAGUGUAGUAUUGAAUAGAUCUUUACAUUCUGUAGUUUCAGGAUUUAAAGAGGAAGAUAAAAAAAAUGCACAGUCUACUCUUUCAAAGCAUUCUGGAUUUUCUUCGGCAACAGUAUUGCCAUUGCAAGUUGAGGAUGCUGUUCAGAAAGAGUGUGUAAUCAGAGAUGAACAAAUCAAUGAUAGAGAAGAAGGAGAAUGGUCAGAUAAUGAAGAGACAGCUCAACAAUCUAGUAAAAAUGAAGCAGUCUCUUGUGAAGCUCGCAAUGUUGGAAUCAAGGAAGAUAGAAUGUUAUUGGAUUUGCAUGCCAAGCAAGUGGUGGAAGAAGGUAAGGUUGAUCCUGAGGUUGUAGAGAAAGGUCCUAAGGAGUUUAUGACAAAUAUAGAUGGUGGCAAUGAAACUCUGUAUGAUUCCAGUACCAAUAUGGAAGUAGAUAACAAGAUUCAGUGUGAGGAACUGUCAAACAUUGGUAAUACUGAUUCUUCUCAUGUCAUUGCUAAGUCCCCGAGCAUUGAUAAAGUCUAUGACAAUGAUAAACAACAAAGUGCAAUCUCUGAUGGGUUGGAUGAUAUCAAAGUGGAGGUACCACAAGCUAAUGUGCAGCUGAACAAUUCAAUUAAGGCAUCUGGGUCGGGACUCUUAAAUAAGACAAAAGGACAUGAUGGGCAAAAUGAAGCAAGGCCUGCAGAUUAUCUCAGUAAAAAGCGCAAAAUUGAUCAUCAAAAGGAAGCGAAGCUGGGUAAAAAACGUGAUAGACAAGUUAAGCUUCUGGAUUUGGAAGAUGUAAGGAAAGCUGCUCCGAUUAAAACACCAACCUCAAGGAGGCAAUCUACCGUUUUCCGCAAUGUGAAUAUCUCAAAUGAUAGCCCAGGGGAUAGACAAGGAUUGCCUCUGAAUAAGGAUCAGAGAUUGGCUGAUUCAUCAAGUAGUGAAGGUGGUACAGUGCCUGAAUUUCAAGACAAUAAAAGGACUGAACAGAAUUCUGAAGAAUGUUUAGGUAUUCAGACAUCAUUCUCAGAGAAGCUUUCAAGGGUUAAUUCUGCGCAAUGGUCCAAAAGGGGGAAUUCUAACUUGGACUCCCCAGCUGAAGGCUUACCACCGCAUGUGCCAAGGCAAAAUUCUUGGAAGCAAGGGAUGGAACAAAAACACACAAAAGGAUAUCAGCUUCCAAAUUGGAAGAUGUCAUCAGCUGGAGGUCCAGUCAGAGAAUCACUAGAUCAAAGAUAUGCUGUCAGAAAACAUCUAUUGCCAUCUAAAAAACAGGUUACGAGCAAUAUGUCAUACCAGGAUACAUCUGUUGAACGCCUUCACAGAGAAGUGACAAGUGAAAAGUUUUGGCAACGUUCAGAUGAAAUGGAACUGCAAUGCGUUCCAGGCACAUUUGAGUCUGCAGAGGAUUAUGUGCGCGUUUUUGAACCAUUGUUGUUUGAGGAAUGUCGUGCUCAAUUACACAGCACUUGGGAGGAGCUUUGUGAAACUGCUUCUCGGGAGGCAAACAUAAUGGUUCGUAUCAAGAGUGUUGACAGACGAGAAAGAGGUUGGUACGAUGUGACAGUGCUUCCUGUGCAUGAGUACAAGUGGACAUUUAAGGAGGGUGACGUAGGUGUAAUCUCAACACCAAAGCCCGGAACAGGUGCAUUUAAGAAGUCUAGUUCCGGCCUUGCAGUUGAAGAUGAAGUUGAAGUUGAUGUUGCAGGUCGAGUGGCAGGCACUGUUCGACGCUAUAUGCCAGUUGAUACACGUGAUCCUUAUGGUGCAAUCCUUCACUUCUAUGUUGGUGAUUCAAUUGACGAUAGCAGCAGAGCAGAUGAUGAUCAUAUUGUAAUGAAACUUCAAAAGAAGGGAAUGUGGUGCCUAACAGUCCUUGGAUCCCUUUCAACAAUACAAAGAGAAUAUGUGGCUUUGCAUUCAUUUCGUCGUCUGAAUGCUCAGAUGCAGAAAGCGAUUUUGAAUCCUAGGCCAGAGCACUUUCCAAAUAAUGAGGAGCAACCUCCAGCAAUGCCAGAGUGUUUCACACCAAAUUUUAUUGAACAUCUUCAUAGGAGUUUCAAUGGUCCACAGCUAGCAGCUAUUCAGUGGGCUGCUAUGCAUACGGCAGCUGGUACAAAUGGAGUUGGGUCUGCUAGACGGCAGGAGCCUUGGCCCUUCACUUUGGUACAAGGGCCACCUGGGACAGGAAAGACGCACACCGUAUGGGGAAUGUUGAAUGUUAUUCAUCUUGUUCAAUAUCAGCACUAUUAUGGUGCACUGCUUAAGAAACUUGCUCCUGAAAGCUACAGACAAGCCAACAAUAAUGCAAACAGCGUUGAUGGUACUGGCACAGGAUCGAUAGAUGAUGUUCUCCAGAGUAUGGAUCGAACACUGUUCCGCAUGCUGCCUAAACUUUGCCCUAAACCCCGGAUGCUUGUGUGUGCUCCAUCAAAUGCUGCUACAGAUGAGUUGCUACAACGUGUUCUGGAUCGAGGAUUUAUUGAUGGUGAAAUGAAGGUUUAUCGUCCUGAUGUUGCAAGGGUGGGUGUCGAUUCACAAAACCGUGCUGCACAGGCAGUAUCUGUGGAGCGUAGAACUGAAAUCCUCCUAGGAAAGGGACGUGAAGAAGUCAUUGGUUAUAUGCAUCAACUUCAGAGUAGGGAAUUAAACUUAUCUCAGAAAAUCAGUGGGCUACAGAGAGAAUUAAGUGUGACAGCUGCUGCGGGCCGAUCGCAAGGAACGGUUGGGGUUGAUCCUGAUGUUCUGGUUGCACGUGACCACAAUCGUGAUCAGUUAUUGCAGAAUCUUGCAGCUGUUGUAGAAGAGCGCGAUAAAGUUCUAGUGGAGUUGUCUCGUCUUUUUAUUCUGGAAAGUCGCUUCCGUCCAGGUGGUGAAUUUAAUAUGGAAGAAGCUCGGUCAAACCUUGAAGCAAGUUUUGCAAAUGAGGCUGAGAUUGUUUUCACUACUGUUUCUAGUAGUGGCAGGAAAUUAUUCCAGCGCCUUGCCCAUGGCUUUGAUAUGGUGGUUAUAGAUGAAGCUGCACAAGCUAGUGAAGUAGGUGUACUACCUCCACUUUCACUGGGUGCUGCAAGGUGUGUUCUUGUUGGGGAUCCACAGCAGCUGCCUGCAACAGUAAUUAGCCAGGCAGCAGGCAUGUUGCACUAUAGUAGAAGCCUUUUUGAGCGCUUCCAACAAGCAGGUUGUCCAACUCUGUUGUUAUCUGUUCAGUAUCGAAUGCAUCCCCAAAUUCGAGAUUUUCCUUCCAGAUAUUUUUAUCAAAAUCGACUUAGUGACAGUGAGAGUGUUUCCAGGAGACCUGAUGAAAUCUAUUAUAAAGAUCCUCUAUUGAGACCAUAUUUAUUUUAUGAUAUAACUCAUGGAAGAGAAUCUCAUAGAGGUGGAUCUGUUUCUUAUCAGAAUGUUCAUGAAGCACAAUUUGCUUUGCAAUUAUAUGAGCACCUUCAAAGAGUUGCCAAGAGCGCAUGUAUAAAGGUUUCUGUUGGAAUUAUCACCCCAUAUAAGCUUCAGCUGAAAUGUUUGCAACGAGAGUUUGACAGUGUCCUCAAAUCUGAUGAAGGGAAAGGUCUAUAUAUCAAUACAGUAGAUGCCUUUCAAGGUCAAGAGCGUGAUGUAAUUAUAAUGUCUUGUGUGCGAGCUUCAAAUCAUGGGGUUGGCUUCGUAGCUGAUGUUCGCCGCAUGAAUGUGGCACUAACACGAGCUCGCAGAGCACUUUGGGUUAUGGGCAAUGCAGCUGCACUGAAGCAAUCAAGUGACUGGUCAGCUUUAAUUGAAGAUUCAAAGUCUAGGGGCUGUUUUAUGGACAUGGAAUCUCUGCCUAGAGAUUUUUUGGUUGUAAAGCAAUCUUCUAUUGCUUCAUCUCAGGCAAGAGUUCUUCCUCAUAUGAGACCACCAAGGUUGGGAGGUCCAAUUCAGAGACAACCAGAUGCACAUGGAGAAGGUCCAGGUGUCUGGAUGAAUGAUGACAGAUCCAAUUCAGUUGCCAAAAAUGGGGCUUACAGAAAUUCAAGGGCUAAUUUGGAACAUUGUUUGGAGGACUUUGGAUCUGCUUCUGAGAAAUCAAGGGAUGCAUGGCAACAGUCUUUGGCAAGAGCAGAUAGGGUUGUACCGGAGGACCAACGAGGAAAUGAUAGUCGGGUGUCAAUACGAUCUGACCGAAUUGUGGGCAAGUAUGUUUGAAAAAAUGAAAUGUCUUUUGUGGCUUGUUAUAUUUUGCUGCAGUUUUCAGCAGCCAACAGAAAAGACCUGUGAUGCAUAUGGUUGAAAGAGGUUCCCUGAUAUAAAGCUUACAGCUUAAUCGCCAAUGGCUGUGAUAUUCAAGAUGACAGACAGCAAUGGGCGUGGAAAGUUUUAAAUUGUCUAAGAAGAUCCAUGCAGCUGCAUGCAUGGCCUGAUUUUUGCAAUCAGCAUGGGCACUUGUUUUCUGAUUUGUCGACAUAUUCUUUUACACUGUAAAUAUUUAUACAAAUUAAGGCUCCAAAACUUCCAAGCAAAGGAAAGGCUCAGGCAAUUCUCCUCGUUCCGAUUCACAAAUUCUAUUUGAUGCAGGAAAUAAAACUUUACUGCACUGGACAUGAAAUGGACUCAUGCAUAUGACUUCACCAAAAUUUCUCUCUGAUUUAGGAAAUGAAGGUUUAUCACUCUGCAGAAUGAAACAAUUCAAAUUGCUCGGCAUUUUUUCCAGAGGUAGGAGUGAAUGUGAACGCCAACUCUGAAAUGUUCGGUUGGCUGUUCUGUAUACUACAUCCUUGUUACCUGUAAAUGGUUCUUUUUGAAACUGAGGGCAAGAUGCAAUAUUUAUGCCCUUACAUCUGUGUACAUACCAAUCAGACAAUAAAAAGUAUUCUUUUAUCAAAUUUAGAGAAAUCUGAUUUCUCACUCAAUAUUUGUACUUUCUA